AUGUGUCCGGAGCAAGCCUCGGCGCUAGCCCAGCUUGACAGGGAUGGAGGAGAACGUCCGGAAAAGCUUUCGUCGCUUGCGUUUGAAGUCCGUGACAUGACUCACGUCGGAGUGGAACAAGCGGCUGAAGAGUCGCCGCGCUCUUUUUUUGGUGUGGAACCGUUCUUGACUCCCUGCGGGCCCAACAAGGUUUUGGGGUCUGAGAGCGCCGAGCUGGAUUUUUCCGUUAAGGCGCCGACUACUUCCAAGAACCUUAGGAGGGUGCUUCGGGCGCUUCAGAUACGAAAAGCAGUUCUCCUGGAGGGCAGCCCUGGCGUGGGAAAGACGAGCCUCAUCUCCGCGCUGGCAGCGGCCGCGGGACACGAGCUUGUGAGGAUCAAUCUUUCGGAGCAAACGGACGUGUCCGAUCUGUUCGGCUCAGACCUUCCGGUUCCUGGUACGGACUCAGGCGAACUGAGUGGCCAACAGACCGAAGGCAGCGGCGCAACAAGCGCUCGGUUUACGUGGUGUGAUGGGGUGUUCCUGAGCGCCCUGAAGGCCGGCAAAUGGGUUCUGCUCGACGAGCUGAACUUGGCUCCUCAGAGUGUGCUCGAGGGCCUUAACGCUUGCCUGGAUCACCGUGCCGAAGUGUACAUCCCAGAGCUCGGGCGUUCGUUCAGAUGCCCUCCGACGUUCAAAGUCUUCGCCGCGCAGAAUCCUCUAGGGCAGGGUGGUGGCAGGAAGGGUCUUCCAAGAUCUUUUCUCAGUCGCUUCACCAAGGUGGAAGCGCAGUUCCCACUAGGCUUGGUGCAAUAUGAUACGAUGGAGGCUGGGCGCUACGGGCAAAGAGGCUCUCCCUGGGAGUUCAACCUUCGUGAAGUCUUCCGUUGGUGCGAGCUGAUGCUUGAAGAGCAACAGCACAGCGGCAUCGAAUCCUCCGCCGCUCGUGGCUGGAAGCCUUGGCUACUGGUUGAUACCCUCUACAUACAGCGAUUGCGCACCCGGUCGGACCGAGCCGCUGUCCUCGACCGGUUCAGGGAAACGUUCCCCGAAGCUUUUGUGGAUAGUUUUCCAUCCUCUCCGGUUGGUACCAAGAGUUGUUCCAGAGAGGGCUUGGUUUCCCGCGGGUGCGAAGCGGGGAUUGGAACGCACCCGGUGCUGAGUGUUACUCCGGAGUGGAUGCAGGUGGGGCAGACCGUGCUGCCACGCGGAUGUUGGGGAAACGGAAAUGGGGACGCGGAUGGACUAAGGCCGGGCAUAACGAUGCCUCUUUCGUUGAGGAGACCGUUGCAGGCCCUGGCGAGGUGCGUGGCGAUGGGCUGGCCGGCCCUGGUGGUGGGGCACCGCGGGUCUGGGAAGUCAGGCAUUAUUAAAGGCUUGGCUGCCGGUGUGGGAGCUCGUCUUACGGAGGUCGCGAUGACACCGUCUGUUGACGUCACCGAACUGCUUGGGUGCUUCGAACAGACCGAUGCGAGGGCGGUUGAGGAAUCUCUUGUCGAAACGCUCGAGGAGUUGGCGGACAAGACAUGUCGCGUGUUGCUUGAGUUCUCGGGCGAUAUCCUGCCGGAGGCUGCCCUUACUGCUGGCGCGCUAUGGGAUGCUCUGCACGCAGUGCGUCGCACGUAUUGCAACGCAAUGGCCCCAGAUGUCGAUGCAGGGCGUCAUGCGAACAUCCUGGGCUUCACUGAUCAGGGAAUGGUUGCAGUCGACCAUCUCUUGUCGUCGCUCAAGUCAGCCAUGGAAUGCAUCCGAGCUCAUCCAAGCCUCACCGAUUUGAAAACAGCGCGGGGGAAAGAGGUACUCUCCCUAAACCGGCGUGUAGAACGGGCGGCAGCCCUUGCUACGAACCUGCAGCAUACCGUGACCGACGCGGCUCUCUUGGCAAAUGCGGAGAGCAGCGUGGGCGGGUCCGGUGACGGUGCCCCGGGCAGGAGAUCGUCUCGUGCGUCUUGCUUCUGUUGGAGCGAUGGGGUGCUGGUUCAGGCUCUGGAGAGGGGUGACUGGAUUGUGUUGGACGGGGCGAACCUGUGCUCUGCCAGCGUCCUGGACCGGUUAAAUCCCCUCUUGGAGCCUGGAGGUGUCCUACCUCUCACGGAGUGCGGUACGUCAAGCGGGGCGUCUCCCACCGGCCACCGGACGAUCCGACCGCACUCCAACUUCCGACUGUUCUUGACGGCGGACCCGUCCUGCGGGGAAGUAUCCCGCGCAAUGCGGAACCGUUGCGUGGAGGUGUCGCUGCUUGACGCGCCUCCGGCCGUGACCAUAUUUUCUCCGCAACCGGCAACGGCGAACGUCGGCGCUGGGGCAGGCGAGAAUUCUUCACCAGCCACGGCCGUCACCGAGCAUGCGGCAGACUUGUUGUCGAUGGUGUGUGCGGCUGGGCUGACAGACCCGCGGGAGGCCACGGCGGCGGUUGCCGUUCACUCUGCGUUUGUGGCGAGGAGUAGGCGGGGCGGGAAUGCUCAUGCGGGGAAUGGACCCGCGCCACGUGCCCUGCUCCGCUGGGCUGAGCUGGUCGCGGCGUGUCGUUCUCGGCGUGUAAUUUGUGAGGGAGCCGAUGAUGGUGGUGACUUGUGGCUGCGGUGCCUCCCGCUGGCGUAUCCGACGUCAAGCCCUGGAGGUAUAUCCUCAGCAGCGGUGAAGCUCGCGAGAAAUAUUCUGUCGACCUUCACGGCCAGGCCUCUGGCUUCGGGUUCGGAGGAGUCGAUCUCUACAGCCGACGUGAUUAGUUCCGUUGUGCCUUGCGGCUGGAGGGAGAUCGUGGAGGAAAGCGUCGUCAGACAGGUCAUUCAGGACGUGAAACUGCUUGAGAUCGUCGUGGCAGCGAGCAGCACCGCAGUCUCUGCAGGAGGUGAUUGUUGCCUCUUGCCGCUUGUCGUGGACGCGGUUGGCGGUGGGCAAUCGUCCUCAACCGCUGCCGUCGUUUCGCCGCCAUUUACGGACUUGAGACUGGAGCCAGGCGAUGCGGCUCUACUGCUCACGGCGCGAGAGGCCGCUUUUACCUCGAGGGUUAGCCGUACGCUUCUCGCCCAGGCAGCCGUUCUGGUUGCCCGAAAAGCUUCAUCGGCAGACCUUCAUCUGAGGGUAAUGUCCUCCGGUAGGGUGACAGGCUCUGCAUCGCGCGGUUCGCCAGGGUUCGGACGGGGACGGUUGGCCAGCAACCUGGGAGAGGCGGUGGCCGCGAUGAUGGCUGUACUGUUCGACUCGCCAGCGCGGCGUGAAGUAUCGGCUAUGCUCGCGGAGAUGGAGUCCGAGGCAAACGUUGGGGGUGGCGGCAGCGGUGCACAAGACAACAAGACAGCGUCGCUGCGGCGAACAACGGCGCUCGUGGGUAGUCGGUGGUCGACUGCAGACCCGCGAGAAAAUCACCUUUUUGGUUCUCUGCAACGGAUGUUUCACGGAUCACGCACGUGGGAGCCUUGCAUGAUUCUACUUGGGAUGGUGGACCUGUCCCUUUUCCGAAGGCUUCCGGUUGUGCUUGCGGAGCGCGCUGAGCUGUUGGAAGCGCAAAGGCUUCUGUCAUCCGGUCGUGGAGAGGCUAGCUUGGGGUGGCUUGGUCUGUCCUGGCUUAUCUGCGAAGGCAGUCGGGAUGCUGUGGUGGUAGGAGGUGGAGGCAGGGGCGGCGCCGGCUCCACGGAGUCCCGUCUUGCACGAUCUUCGUUAGGUCCCUACCUUUGGCCUCUUUUGAGGUCAAUUGAUAUGCUUGUCCAGCGGUUGGCCUGCAGGGAGGUGGCUGAUCUGGCUGCAGCCCGGCAGGGUUGUCAAGAGUUUCCUGACAGGUUGCUUGGAGGAGUGCGGUCGGUGAUGGAAGCACGUGAUACCUUGUCGGGGUUGCUGGUGGCGGCGUCUGCUUCUAGUGACGAAGGGGCUUGGUCUCAUCGUGCUUCCGCAGGAGGAUCUCAGGGAGAGCUGUUAUUCGCGUGGGAUCCGUUUUUAGUGACGUGGCGGUGGCUGCAGAAAGCAUUUGAGGCCCUGCGCGCGACAUUGGGUGCCUUUCCUACCCUCAUCAGCCGUGCCAACGUGUCAUCAGCGUUUGCCACUGUUGACGCUGUUGGGUCCCGGGUUGACGCCGCUGUGUUGCAGUACGCGGGUGGUGCCGCACCUACCAGGGACACGCUUUGGAAGCACGGCCCUAGGGCGGCUGCUCCUUCCUCUGCUGCUGGGGCGAUCGCUCUCGCGCGGCUCGGGCGUCUCGCGGAUGAGUACCGGAUACUCCCGUCCACCUUUCCGGUAUCUACGGAUUCUGGUUUGUUGUCCCUCGGAAGGCUAAUGCGAGAGGCGCACCCUUCCCUCUGUGUAUCUCGUGAUACACGCGCGGAGCUUUUACACGCGCUGUGCACUCUCCAUUGGGUGUGCUCCAACGAGCAGGACCAGGAUGGUAGUAGUUUUUCAUCGCACCCCGCCGAUUUUGAUGGCGGCAGCGUUUCGCUUGCUGCGCGUUUGCCGGGUUUGCUCGAGGACACCCUCAAGUCUUCCCGCGCCCGCUUCGAAGCUGCGCACAAGGGUACGCGGCUUGGUGGUGCCGGUCGGCGGAAUGACGGCCUUGAGCAUCACCAGGAUGACUUGGAAUAUGGAGAGAGGUUUGACGAGUUUGACACCGAGGCAACAGAGGCGGUGGCUAAUGCUACACUCCUUGUGGUGGCUGGAGAUUCUGGUUCUGCCGGCGGGGACGGUAUCGACGACGGGGUUCCCUAUAACGGCGAAGGCGUGAUGCAAAAUUGGGCGCUUGUGCAGCUCUCCCCGUUGAUGGAGCACUGGAUCGCUGUGGAGGAGUGUGAGAUUCUGGCUGUCCUCGCCGGGCUCGACGCCGCCGCUGCCCUCGGAUGUCGAGAGAAGGUUGUGGGAGACAGCUUGGAGCCGCACCUCAUGGCGCGCUUGUCCAGGCUGCGGUCGGCGAUGCUGGUGACGCCUUCGCUCUCGCCUGCCGUGGCGCGUCCACACCAGACCUUGCUGUGGGCUUGGGGCGAUUCGAGUUCUUGGCCAAAUGUUGUCACACCCCUGCUGAAGCGGCUGCUUCCGGUGGCCAUGGCAUCCUUCGGUCGUCGCCUCUGGGAGAAUGUUGUGGGUGCGCCUGAGGCGUUAUCGCUCCAGCUUGCUCCACCUGAGAUAGUCGACGGCGGCGGCGAGAUACACAAGGAGUGUACGCCGAAAGGUUCGCCCGACACGUCCUUUGCUGGUCCGGUACAGCUCCUUACUCUUGCACGGUCGUCAUUCUUGCUGCGGUUGUCGUCGACGGCCAUCUUUUGUGGCGAUGUUGCGCCAGGAGGCAAGCGGAACGCGGUGGACUUGACUCUCAUGAACGCCUCUGCGCGACUCAGGCAGUAUAGGGUGGCGAUGCGCCGCGUGCGGGAUCUGGCGUACGGUGGCAACGGCGGUGGGGGGGAUCCCAACGGUGCGCUCAAACCGCUGGUGAAGCUGGCGUGGGCUAGCUUCUGCCGCACUCUAGGCGCGUUCGAUGAAGUACAGGCCAGGGAAGUUGAUGAGCCGGCCACCUUCGCCAAUGCUCUGUUCCCCGCCGGUGGAGACGGUAGUGUUUCGUCAUCUCCUUCGUGGGGGACGGUUAAGGAACCGCUUCUCCGAGCCCUUAGGUCCUGUCCAGACCAGCGGCUGGCCGCUCAAACAGAUUCGCUGGUUUUACCUGCGGCUCGGCACCUCCUCGUUGCAUCGGAAGGGCUUGUGGGUCAAAAGGCAGAAGGGCCUACGGCACGUGUGGAGGCCUCUGCGGGGCUUGGGAUGGCGCUACUCGGGUGCCUGAAGCUCGUCCUGCUUCCUCCUUCUUCUCCUGUCGAUCCGGGUCUGAAGCCUGCCCUAAAGAGGGAGCUUUUGGGUGAGAGGCUGGACGGGUACCGCGGGGAACUCACCGUUAGGCGGUGGUCUCUGAGACUCGAGGGCGGCGGGGACGUGUCUCCCGAGAUGUUGCCCCUGCUGCAACAAGCCCGGAACCUUCGCGACGACUGCACCCGGCUUGGGCUCGAGGCAAUCGAGCGUCCAGAUGACCGCCCGAGUUUCCAUUCGCUCUUUCGUGACGUCCAGUCCUUCGCGAGAGGACUGGCCGACCCCGACCGCGUCACGGCUCUGGCGCAAUCUCUUGCUCGAUUCGUAGACGGCGCGGGUGGGCUGGAGGAUGAUUUGGGCGGAGGUAGGGCCAGAGCUGUGGAUCGAGCGGCAUUGCUUCAGGAAGAGACUGUGUGGCAGGACGCCGCCGGUGCCUUCGUGGGUCGUUUCCGUUCGGAGUACGGGGAGGCCUACGCGGACGUCGUGACUGGUAUCUGCGAUGCUGUGGAGGUGACGCGGCUCGGGCUUCGAUUGCUUGCAGCUGCUUGCUCGUCGGCUGCCCUUUUCAGCCCAACAGACGCCACCCCGCCGGAGAAAAUGUUACCGAGACCCUUGGCCAAGCUCCAGGGUAUGCUUCUCAGCUUCCCGUACCCUUGCUGUGAGGGACUGACUCGUGCUGGGGACGGGUCCGGGGACGGUGUUGGCGAAGCGUUACGGUGGACGCUAGGCCCUAGCGGGCAGGAUAGCCUUGGUGCUAACGAUGGAGGCGGCUUUAGCGGCUGGGCUUCCGGGCCUCAGCAUAUGAUGCUGUUGCAGGCGGUGCUAUCUCGUGCGGAGCUGUUGCUCUCGGCCGAGUGCUCCGCCCAGCCGGCCCUUGAUGCCGCCGUGACUGCAAUGGAAGGGGCAGUCGACGCUUGGUCUCGGGUCGAGGCGGAAGAGUUGGAGAAGCGGCGGAAGGAGGCUGAGAUCCUUAAGUUCAAAAUGCAGGAGCACGUGGUGGAGUCAGAGGAAGCGAUAAGAUUGGCCAAGCUUCGGGCCCUAUUCCCAGACUACCAGAGCGGAUUUGAGGACAUAAUCGCCGAGAACACUCCCACAGACAGCGUCGAUCAGGACGAGGCUGGCGAUAAUUCUGGGACCGGCGAUGGCGUUCUUGACGCGCGCGUCAAAGCUCUCGGCCACAUGUCGGACAAGCACCUUUCCUCCCUCGUUGCUCGACAUUGCCGCAUCUUCUUGUCGCUGUCGGCAAGACGACGCCGCUCGUUGCGCGGUAUAUAUGCGUCCCGGGAAGGCACAUCCCCUGAAACGAAUGGUGUUGGUAGCGGGAGGUCCUGUAGUGACGCCGAGACGCUGGUCGCGUUUAGAGACUCGUACCGGUCUUCUGUUCUCUUCGCCGCCUCUUCUUCGAAGCUCUCAUCCUCUGUCGUGCUCUCCUCGCCCACCGUGCCUGAUGCGGCGUGCACGGUGUUGCACAUGGAAGAGGCGUUUGCCGCGUCACACCUGCUGGCCCUCGCGGAUGCGGCGAGAUUGUGCAAGACCGGUAGGAGUUUGCUGGAAGAUGCCGCCGCGGGCGGCAAACCCCCCGCUUUCAAGAAGGCUUCGAAGGACAGGGUUGAGGGUGUUUGUGGAGUUGAUGGGUGGCUCGGCGAUGGCGCGGUCAGGAGAAAUCUUCUCUUGGUAGACCCUCUGGUGAACUUCCACUUGGACGGAAACGUUGCCGAGACGAGGCUUGCGGACGGCCCUUUGGCGUCGGUUCUGCGGAGAGUUGCGGGUUUACUGGAAGAUUUCCCUGGUCACGGCGUUCUCAUACAGCUUGCGAGGGUCGCCGACCGUGUACGCCGCAUGCCGUUGCACUCGCCCCUGGCUGCGGUACUUGCCGGGGUCGAGCUCACUCUCCGGAAAGCUCAAGACUGGGAGCAGCACGCGCACCGCGGGGUUAGUCUCAGGGACGAGCUGCGGUCCCUGAGCUCUCUGGUGGCGAGGUGGAGGGCCAUCGAGCUCAAGAGCUGGCCGCACCUGCUUGAUGCUCGGGAAGGCGCCUUCGUUCUGAAGGCAAACCGCUGGUGGCUGCAUCUCUACCGCCUUUUGACGGGACACUGGAAGGAGGACUCGCAAGCCUCCAACCCUCUGCAACUCCAGUGUGGCCCCGCAGCUGCACCGGGAGGACUGCGCGUUUCCGAUGAACCAUCAACUGCACAUCGGGUUUCUAGCGAGAAGGUCGUUAGCGCCCCUGAUUGGCCAAGUGCCAGAGGCUUCUUCCCCGAUUGGCUCUGGUCUGGGCUGGUAUCGAACAAGGGCGUGGGUGUCACAGAGGAGUCAUCGGGAGGGAUCGAUGCGGCAUCACUCGACCACGCACGAGGUCUAUUUCAGCCUCUCGACGACUUCUUGCGUACGUCCAGCAUCGGAGAAUUUUUUGCCAGGUUGCAGAUGCUGAGAGCGUUCGCCGCACAGCUGGGAUCCUCCUCUAACGGUGGCACUAUUGGUUCCUGUGAUGAUUAUGAGACUUGUACCACGCGAGCACAGGCGUUGGGUAUCGUGGUCCAGGGCCUGUGGCAGUACUACUCGCAGUUUUCCGAGGAAGUGGAGAAUGCGAGGGCGUUAGUCCGCAAGAGCAUCGAGAAGAAGCUCAAGGAGGAAGCCAAGCUCGCGAAGUGGGACGAACAGACGUACUACUCCCUGGCCGAGUCUUCGGAAAAGUCGCACCGGAAACUGUUUCAGCUGGUGUCUCAGUACGACGAGGUGCUGGAAGUGUCGGUAUCGGAGGUGCUCCACCGCACUCUCAUCUCCGGGAUCGGCGAGAGGCAGGAAGGCAAUUACCCGAACCCCAUGGCCCCUUGCACCGAGAUUCCGACGCUUGGAUCGAUGUUCUCCGUCGUUAAAAAGGUGGAUACCGCGGUCGAUUUCCUCGAUGACGAUGACGAAAAAGACCGGAGCGAUGUGGACCACUCCGGCAAGCAGCGGCCUGAGUGCGGCGUCGACGAGAAACCGCAUCCUGCUGCUGUCAAACCCUCCAAGCCGAAACGGCUAACCUUCAAGACCACGCCGGCCGCCGGAAAAUCCCUCGAGCUGCUCGACGCCUGCCUGCCGGGACCUCCGCCAAAUCGUACCGCCUCCAUGCCUGGACUCGCUGCUGGGGACACGGGGGAGACUCCUCUUUGGCUGACGGAGGCUCUUUUCUCGACCAGCAGCGUUCGCGCCGACGCCGCCGCCGAAACUGGCGUCAUGUCGGGGACGUCUGCUGCGGGGCCACCGGUGGUGGCUCGUCUGGCACCACUUGCGCAUCGCAUGCGGUCGUUGCUGAUGCGGAGUGUCUACGCGCGAGGGCGGAUCGGUUCGGGAGGGGGGUGGGCGGACGGUGGUCGGCCCGCCGGAUUUGUCGGCGCGGGUCUUGCGGAGGAGCUGUGUCUGGCGGUGUUUUCCCGGAUCCAGGGCUUGAGGGCGAAAGGCGUUGGGAAACAGGUAAAAAAACGCGCGGUGCUCGAUCUACUGGGAGGCUUGCGAAAACAGGGACUCUCCCAUGCGAAGUCCAACACUCCUCCCCAGACUUCCGACAUGCUCCGCGUCAUGGCGCUAGCGCAGCCCUUCUGCGAAGACGGCCUCGCCGGCUUCGACAUCGCGUGGCUCUUUUCCGGAGACGGCGGAACCCGGAAGGCUAAGGUUAACGGCACCGAUGAUGUCGCUGCGGAUUUAUUGAGGAGGAGUGAGCGGUAUUACCUUCGUGGCGUGAGCGAGUUGUCGAGGCUGCGCCUAGAGGCGGGGGCACCCGUGUCGAGCGACAUUACGCGCAGGGAAGCGGAGGUGAUGCGCGGUCUGGCCGAAAACCUGGGGUUGCUGGUGCUGCAGCAAAGGGGUGUCGCAACCGCCCUCGAAUCGGACCUCCUCUCCUUCGUUCAGGAGGUUCGGGCAAUGCAGUCCCUGACCACCGACUACGGCGUUUCCGCGGCGAGCUCGGCGGAAGCAUCUUCCCAGAACACUUCAAGGGAACCGUCAGCUAUCCCACCGCAGUCUACCCUUCGGCUCGCGUUGGAGACUCAGCGUCGGGGGCUUCUGAGAGGCCUCGAGGCUGUGCGAGAAGUGCAACUGUUGCUCACGUCGAUGGCAGGUUCCGACCCUCCCGUCGCCUCGGCAUCAUCUCCGGAGUCUCGGCUGAGGAGGGCCAGAGGCGGGGAGGGGUGGGGCGAGGCGGCCACCGAUGCCACAACAUACGCCGAGGUUAAGGCCGCUGUUGAUUCCCUCCAGCGAUCGCUCUCGGGGAUGCUCUGCGCCGUCCAGCGAUACCCGCCCCCGACUACAAUCCACGGUGCCACUUUGGAGGUCGGCGAGGAUGGUACGCAGACCGCGACGCCGCUGCUUGCCGCGCGGGCGGCACGCCUCGUGUUGGAAAAUCAGGAGGCGUUACGAGCGUGCUCGGCGGACUCGAGGGAGUUAUCCAACCGUUUCGCCGGCGUUCUGCCCCGGGCGAUGCUCGUGAGGGUUGCCACCCACCUGAGUGAUGUGGGCGUUAGUGUUGGGUCCGUGCUGGACGGGAACUCGGCCAUGCGGUCGUGGCUCGUUGCCGAUGGCAUCAGCUGCGGCGACGGCGUCGGUGGCCGGAAGGAGACUGGGGGUUCUGGUAACUCCCGGCAAUCGGCAGCUAAGCACACCUCAGAGGUCGGAGGAAGGUUGACGGCCGCCGUUAAGGCGAUGCUGCUUUCGGUUCAGUCUCUCUGCCCGCGGGCGGACAAAGGACCGGCGGAUGGAACCGAUGCGCCGUCACCAGUGGCGGCGAAGGACGGCGGUACUGCUGGCGGUCAAAACGAGGAGGGGGAAGAUGCCUGGUUUACCGGGACCACGCUGUUCGAAGCGCAUGCCUCUGCGUUCGAGCAGGCCAGGGGGCUGAAGCUGUGGAGGUGUGCAUCGGCGAUGGCCUCUACACGUCUUGCCCUUAAGGAGUUUGCCGAUGAUGAGGCUGUUCGAGGCGCUUCGGCCGGGGAGGCCGCGGAAGCGCUUGUUGGGCUCUGCCGCGAGGUGCUGGUACUGGCCGAGCAGGUGUUGUCCGCCGGGAAGGCGGUGCUGAUCGGCAUGGUCGCACUUAACAAGGGAACGGCGAAGUUGCAUUACGUGACGGUUCGGGUGUUCCGCACGUUGCUCUCCAAGGGUCUAUGCUCGGACGAGAGUGAAGGAGAGGGGGAGGGAGACGGGGACAUUGAUGGGAUGAAGUUCGACGACGAUGUUGAGGGUACGGGCAUGGGGGAAGGCGAGGGCAAGAAAGACGUUACGGACCAGAUCGAAGACGAAGAGCAGCUACUUGGCCUCAAGGGAGACGAAGAGCCGGAUAAAGUCCAGGAUCAAGAGGCCAAGGAGCUAGGCGAAGACGACCAGGACAACGGAAUGGAAAUGGAGAAUGACUUCGAGGGGGACAUGUUCGACGUGUCUAAGGGAGACGAGAAAGACGAAGAUGAUGAGGCCCCUUUUUUCAUCUUUUUCAGGCCGAAGUCCCUCAUGCCUCAAAAACCAGAGAAUGCCCCUAGUUGGCGAGGAAACAUUCCGAUGUGGAUGAUUGCUGACGAAUUCAACCCACUUUUGUCGCAUGUUAAGGAGGAUGACGGGGAUGAGAAGGAGGAGCUCGACCGCGAAAUGGGAGAUCUCGGAGAUAAUGCCGAUGUUGUGGACGAAAAGCUGUGGGACGAGGAGGACGAGGACGAAGAUCAAGAGGAAGGGAAGAACCAGGGGGAGGAAAAGUUUGAAUCUGGGUCCCGUCUGGAUGGAGAAAAGCCUGAAGAAGACGAGAUUCGCACCAAGGAGGAUGGCCAAGACGAUGGCGACAAGGGAGAUGGCAACGAGGACGAUAAGGGCAAAGACAUGGAGGAUAAGGAGGGCAAGGAUGGUGAUGGUGGGGACGGUCAAGAUGGGAAGGAAGGCGAAGAUGGUGACGAAGGGGAGGGAGAAGCAGAAGGUGAAGGCCCUGUGAACGAUGAUCUAGAGGAUAACUACGAGGACAAACCGAUGGGUGUCGAGGUACGUGGGGAAGACGAGGCAAUGGAAGUAGACGAGGAGGGUAGGGAUGUGGAGGGAGAGAACGAGAAGGACGGCCAAGGGGACGAGGAAGGAGAGAACGACAUUCCAGAUGACCUCAACUUGGACAACGCUCAAGAGGAUGGUGGCGACGAGGAGGGCGACGAGGGAGAGGGAGAGGGGGGUGCUGAUGGCAAGGAGGGAGGGGAAGACGACGAAGACGAAGAGGGCAAAGAGAAGGAGGGCUUCGAGUCGUUAGCCCCUGAAAAGGAGGGGGAGGAGAAGGAGGAAGACUUGAUGGAAGGCGAACAGCAACCUCAGGCAUGUACAGCUUUCAGCCACUACUGCGGUUAUACAAAACGUUAUUUGGAACGCACUGUAGGUCAGCUCGAAAGGGGUUUGGGUAACCCUGGUCCUGCCGACGUUGGACCAAUGGAAGAAGAGAAGAGGGAAGACGAGAUGAAGGAUGAAGAGGGUGGUGACGAGGAGAAUAAUGCUGCCAUGGAAGAAACGAGGAGGGCCGAGGUAGCGAAAGAACCUCCGGCGUUCGGCGUGGAGGGGGAAGGUGGCGAUAGCUCUGUGCUCGAAGCAGCCAAGGACGAGGGAGAAGGAAAGCCCACGGAGGACGAGCAAGGAGAAGAUGAAGAGAAAGAGGAGGGGCAGGAUGGCGGAGGGAGUGCUCCCAAUGGACGAGAUGAUGGAGGCGGUGGUGGUCAGGGGGAAGAUGGUGAGGGAGGAGAGUGGCGGCCCGACAUGGCAAGCGGAGAAGGAAAGGGAGAGGGUCAAGGCAACGAUAAGAGAAGGAGACCGGAUGCGCCCAAUCCGUUCAGAGAUCCUGGGGAUGCCAUGCGGCAUUGGCACCGUCGUCUGGACAUGCUCCAGGAUAAGGACAAGGAAGAGGCCGCCCCGGAGGGAGGGGGCGAGAAAGACCUCGGGGAUGAUGAUGGUGGAGAGGGCAAGUUCGAGUAUGUCACUUCCACCGAGAGAGGUUCCAGCCAGGUUCUUGGAGGCGUGUCCGAAGAACAAGCCGCUGAAGCUGCCCACGAGCAGUCCAAGGCCCAAGACGACGGGGGUGAUGGUGACGAGGACAAAGACAAGGAGAACGUUGUCGAAGAUGGGGACGUUGGAGACGCUGAUGCACAUGAUGGAGUGGAUGCCAUGGACCAAGACCAUGAACAAGACGUGAGAAGAGUGUUGAACGUGGGUGGCACAAUAUCGGUCCAUCUUUUUUCUUUUUUCGAUACUUGCGAGGGUGGCUCCAUCGUGCCGAGAGCCGAUGGUGACGAGGAAGGUCUCCACAAAGAUGGUUCGGAGGUGGUGGAUUCUUCCAGGAAGAGCGGCAAGCGGAGAGACAAGGACGGUCAUCGGGAAGAGGUGGAAGACGGAACGGACCCACAGCAGGAAGACGGGAACGAAGAGGAAGACGAAACCCCUGUCCUCGACACCGAAAACGCGUCCUACGACCUCAAGUUCUUGGAAGAGCCACCCCCGGGUGCCGGAGACAGCGCCAACGGUGCCAUCGUUACAAACCCUCUCGCCGCUCGUGGGGACCAAAAAGAAGGUGGGCGACAGUCUCCACGGGACCGUGAGACCAGCCUCAGGGAGGAGCUCCACGCGCUGGCGGAGGAGUUGCAACGGGUGAAGCGUCACCGUGACGGAGAGGAAGGCGGUGAGGUAUCGCAGAAGCUGUGGGGUAGGCUGAGGAGCGUCACCGGCGCGCUGUCCCAGCGCCUGUGCGAGCAGCUUCGUCUUGUUUUGGAGCCCAUGGUGGCGACGAAGUUGCAGGGGGACUACCGCUCGGGUAAGAGGAUCAACAUGCGGAGGGUCAUCCCGUACAUAGCGUCGGGCUUUAGGAAGGACAAGAUCUGGCUGAGGAGGACCAAGCCCGCUAAAAGGGACUACCAGAUUCUGAUGGCCAUCGACGAUUCUGAGUCCAUGGCGGACUGUGGAGCCGGCGCCCUUGCCCUGGCGGCGAUGACGACGGUGGCUUCUGGACUCACUCAGCUCGAGGCCGGGCAACUCGCGGUUGCACGGUUUGGAGAAGACCUUGACCUGCUUCACGGGUUCGGCGACCCUUUCACGGAGGAGGCUGGUGCCAAGCUUGUUGACGGCUUCACCUUCGAUCAAAAGUGCACUAACACCGCGCACACCCUCGAAGGCCUCGUGUCUCUGCUGGAGGAGGCCCGAAACGGGUUCUCGAUGUCAUCGGGAGGCGUCGGCAGCAAGGGCACCCCUCGCCAGCUGGUGCUGCUGCUGUCCGAUGGCCGAUUCGAUCGAGAGAACAAGGAUCGCUUGCGUAAGCUGGUGCGAGAGAUGAACGAGCGGGGGCAGCUGCUUGUGCUCAUCGUCCUGGACAAGGAAGGUGACACGUCCAUCCUCAAGACGAGAGAGGCCACCUACGUCAACGGCAAGCUGGUGCUCAGCAGCUACCUGGACAAGUACCCUUUCCCGCUCUACAUCUUGCUCAACCACAUCGAGGCUCUCCCAGAAACUCUGGCGGAUGCAUUGAGGCAGUGGUUCGAGUUGCUGCAGCGUCAGACGGCUCGCUAGGCGUUGGGGUGUAUGGGGAGUGGUGUGGCGG